AUGGCAUCAUUCAGAUUCUGCGCAGAGUGCAACAACAUGCUCUACCCACAAGAAGACAAAGACGGCCAGAGAUUACUAUACGCAUGCAGAAACUGCGACUACAAAGAGAUUGCCGAUGCGCCCCGAGUCUAUCGACACGAAUUGAUUACAAAUAUCGGCGCUACUGCUGGUGUCGUUGAUGAUAUAGGAAACGAUCCAACGUUGCCUCGAAGCGAUAAGGAGUGUCCCAAUUGUGGGAAUCGUGAUUGCGUUUUUUUCCAGAGUCAGCAGCGUCGGAAGGAUACUAGUAUGAUUUUGUUUUUCGUUUGUUUGGAAUGUAAGAAUGUUUUCCAGGCCUAG